AUGGAUGGUUGUGUAUUGACUGAAUGGAAGAAACAUGUCUACAUAGAUGAUUUUCUUGAGAGGGUAUGUGUUUCUUUGGUGGAUCCCCCAAUUGGUGUUGACAGUUUGGAGAUUGUGCCAAGUUCAAAUCCUAACUCUCAGAUUGACAUAGAUGAUGUGAGUUCGUUUUUAAGGAGCAAUGUUUUGCAUAACAUAAACGAUGAGCAGGAGACCUUUGAGAAGGAUGCUAAACCUGCAGACGUGAAUUCACAAACAGAUUUGUUUAUGCAGAAUGAAGUGGUAUUUGUUGAUUAUCUGCCAGAGUUUUGCAAACAGUUACCAAGGUUGCACAACCUUUGUGGCAGAUUGAAAAUGCAUGCUUUACAAGAUCCUUUUGUAAAUGCCGAAGGAGAGCUUUUGACUGAGGGGUUACUUUUCAGGGAUUGCUUGGUCUAUCAGUCAGAGAAGGAUAUUGCUGCUGCAGAAAAUACUGCAAUAGAUUUGGCUGAGGAAGAUUUUAGUGCAUUUUCACAGUUGGAUGAAGAGUCCUGGAUGCUGCCUGUUGAACUGGAUAUUUGCAACACAAUGGAGUUUAAAUGGAUCACACAUGGAUCCCCACAUGGUUCAGAACUUAAAGAACUUUUACAUCUGAUGGCAGAAGAUGUGUCAGGAAUUCAAUCACCAGAAGUGAUUAUAAAUAAUGAUUUCAAAACUAAGCUUAUGAUGGAUCUGGAAAUCUCUGAAUUUUGUGACAGUACAAAUUAUUCAUUGAAAGAUAAUGAAGCAGUUAUUAAAGCCACACAGGAUAUUAUUGAUCCAGUUUGCUGUAAAACGAUUAGCAACUUGGAAGUAGAAACUCCAUUGACUCCUCCAUGUUCAACCGAUCAUAUGGAAGUGACUUUCUCAACCAAAGCACUACAAGAGGAGGAACUCUCUCCAGUAAAAAUUGAUAGCUUUUUAUCCAGCACAGAAAACUAUUUACUGGAGGUUCAAAUCAGGCAAUCGGAAAAUGUCCUCAGAUCUUUUGAAGCUCUGAUGUUGGGAGAGCCUCAAAUAAAGCAACCUCCUUUUCACCACACACCAGUCUGUGUGACCUUUGAACUGCUAAAUGCCCAGCCAGAGGAGGUGACAAAGUCUUCAGUAAAAGCAUUGUGGGAGGAAUAUAUAAAAUCAAAUAGAGUGCAAGAGGACAAAAUCGAGGAGCUGCAUGCAGAUCAGUGCGAAAUAAGAGAUUUACAAAUUGUGAAGAUGGAAGAAUUUUCAUUGGUUACCAUGGAUCAAUUUGAGAAAUGUUCUGAUAACUCUGCUUUAGUUGCUGAGAGUAACACCACUGCCAUUCAAGCAUACCAUGAAAAUGAAGCAAUGCAUUCCUGUGAACAGCAGGACAGUGGUGUUAAAAUGUUACCCUUACAGUCAGAGAACAUGUUGGCUGUUCCCUAUAACUUAUGGUUUCAUGAUACUGUGAAACCAUCUCCGAUAAUAUCUUGUCAGGAUGACUGUGAUCCUCUCAACAGCUUCAUAAUGCUAAGGUCAAAGCAGAUUCCAACUCUCUGUCAGACAAAAGGUGAUACUGAAAAUCAGAUAGACAACUUUUCAAAAGCAGAUGAAAAUGCUUGCAACAUUGCAGUGAGCAGUGAAUUGGUAACAGCUUCACCAAAGAAACCUGAUCAGUUGGAUUUAAGUAGUAACUUGAUAGAAGUUCAAGCAUCAGCCAGCCAGUGCCAAGCAUAUUAUCUGUUGGAGGCUACUGCAAUCCCUGUGCUCAAAAAUUUAAAGAGUUGUGUUGCUCCCAUGGUGGUAGCAAGGACCUUUACUGAACUCAGUUUUGACCACAGUAGGUUUUUCAUGAAACAGCAGGAAAAGGUAGUCAGUGACAGCGUUGAACAAGGGAGGAGUGAUCAAAAAGAAGUUCAAUUGUAUAAACAUGCAGCACUUCUGCAUCUUUUGGUGACAGUCCGUGAUCUUCUAAUGAUGUGUGACCUGGACACAGCUAUAGAGUAUUUAUUCAGAGCCAAAGAAAUGUAUGUCAGCACUUUGGGUUCCUGUUUAGAAGAUAUUUGGAAGAAACUACGAAUUGUUCAAUACAUCAGUCAGAGAAAACAAGAAAGAAACCCUAAAGUAACCGAACUUCAGAAGCAGAUUUCUACAUGGAUACAAAUGGAUCAUACAAAUGAACACAAGGUAUUAAUCAUUAUCAGAAUGGAUUCAGACUGUGUCAGAGCUACACUUACUAAUAACCUCAUCAAGGUGAAUGGUUUAAAACCAGCUGCAGUGCUUCCGGAGGAAAGUGGUGUUCUGGGAUGCCAGGAAAUUUUAAACUGUUUGCAAAUGCAUUCCUGUUUGGUGGCAUACAACUAUCACAUUGGAGCUGAUUUUCCCUGGGGCCAUUUCAAUCUGGUGGUGGAAUAUGAUUAUGUGGAGAAUUCAUGUUGGACAAAGCUUUGCAAGCAGCAGAAUAUAAAUCAUAUGACAUUUAAAACCAUACUUCCUAAGGCUCCAGAAACAGAAGACUCACUAUUGAUGAAAUCUGAGUCAUUGUUGUUAGAACUGCAGAUUCCAUACACUUUCUUGAUGUCUGAAAGUUUAUUGAACACUCCAGCCAUGCUCCAACUUCUGGAAUCAAGAUAUAAUAUUACCCUUUUGGAGAGAAAUAGUAAUCCGACACUACACUUGUUUGGAGGAACAGAUCACUAUGCUAUUAUUACAGUGGAUGAAUGCACAGCUAUAAUCAUGCAGGAUAUUGAGGAACUGGCUACUACUGAGAGAGCCUCAGACGCUAUUAUCUUGAGACUAACAACUCUAGCAUUGCAAUAUAGCUGUGUCUGGCUCAUUUUCUACCCAAAGCAAGACCUCAACUCACAGUACUGCUUUAAUGGAAAAGUGUUUCACAAUCUUGCCCUGAUCUAUGCAGCCUUGGUGCCAUUUGUGCUGAAAUCAGAAGAAACUGAAGUGAAGGUUGUAAUCUUACCAGGAAUUGCACAGACAGCCAAGGUGAUUCGUCAAAUAGCAGACUUAACUUUGAUUUCAUCUGAUCGGGAUCCAUUCAUCUGGCUUGACAGGUCUUGGCUUACCACUCUUCCAACAGAGGAAGAGAAGCAGCUAGUUGCUUUCCCUAGUUUAAACUCCUUGGUAGCACAGUUGAUGUUGAACAAAGCUCCAUCACUGUUGUGGAUGUUGUCAGCAACUGUAAAUGAACUACAGGAAAUCCUUCGAGAGGUACCAGGAAAGGUUCUAAAGCUUUUCAGUCAGAUCACUGCAUUGCACAAACUUAGCAAUUCGGAGGGGCCGAGAAACGCACAGCAUGAAAGGUCAACCUUUGCACCUCCCCUGUCUGAGCCUGCUGAGAGUGAGCUCUACCCAGAGAUUGCAGAAAAUGGUCACUGUGCUAGAGGUGAACUUAAAGAGCAGAAAAGUCUGGAAAUGACUCAUGUCCAGGAGGGAGAGGCUUCGUGGGAACCUGUGAAAGAUGUGUCAGCUGUACAAUUUCAGGAGGUAAAACCAGGUUUUGAAACCAGAGGUGAAACCUGCUCGGUGUAUUCCACACAAACAGAAAUGAGACAAAAGAUAGAAACGGCGUUAAAUGAGAGAAAAGAUCCGCCACAUUUUCUUGAAAGCUCUGAUUAUAAUGCUGAAGCACAGCAUCAGAGCAUCGCACGUUCUCAAAACAUUGUUCCCGUUGUGAAUACUCAGCAAACCGCACCGCUGAGCAACAGCUUAUUUGAUCAUCUUGAUCAAUUACUAAUGAAGAAUCACUCAGAUCCCCUCGAGACUGACCUUUAUCCUGAAAAUGGUAAAUUGUCAUCAUUGGAACAGCUUUGUAGUCGUGAGCACAUAUAUACCACAAAGAACAAGUAUCAAAGAGCGAAUGAGAUAAAGGGUAUGAAAACUAGCAGUGACACAGAGCUUAGCUUCUUUCUUCAGCAAGAGGUAGAUGUCAGCUAUGGGCUGAGAAAAAAGGAAGAUAUGCUUUUGACAAUGCAGAGGUUGGCCAAGACACAGCAUCCAAUACUACAGCAUCAAGCUUUCCCGGACUCAUCUGAGAAACAUUUGGAAAAUUUAUUUCAUCCGUUAAUUGACCCUCUCUGUCAUCAGGGCAAUCGAGACAUAGAAAACAAUCCUAAGAAAAUGCCAUACAUUAAACCUAAAUUUACUGGUGAUGACUCAGUUAGUCGUCAAUAUACAUAUGUUGACAAGCCUCACAUCUCUGGUGGUUCUUACUUUCCCCUUAAAGGAACUGACUUUUGCAACAAAAUCACAGAUCAGACUUUUCAUUCUGAGGCAGUUAAAAGAGGAAUGGGAAAGAAAAGACUGUGCUCAGGAACACGGAUGAACGAAUGGAUAGGGUCACCUUCAGCAGUUCCAGACGAAAGUUUAACUGACACAGCAUCAUUUUAUAUGUACACACCAACUUCAUCAGAACUGAGGUACCAAUUUUUACCAGAACUGAAGAAAAGGCGACUGACCUAUGAAAAGGUUCCUGGAAGAAUUGAUGGACAGACUCGUCUCAAAUUUUUUUAGAGCAGUUAGUCAUAACUAUUAAUGGAGUUUUCCUUCAAUAAUC